UAGUCAAGGUAAAGGUAAAGCCUUGCUCUACAGUUUCGGAGUAGCUACAGAACCGUACCUGCUGGGAAGUAACACAAGUCGUUUCUUGUUAAGUCUCUGGAGCUGGUUUCAUCUUUAACCUCAGUUUUGGCUACCCAGUUUAGGAGUUGAAGUUCGUUAUGGGGAAGAGACAGAGAAUGGAGUUUUAAUGAGUGAAAUCGGACGUUUCCAUUUUCGCCUUUAUCAGCGUCACGAACGACAGCUUGGGCCACCUACCGCUCCCUCCGAUAACUUUCAUUUUGUUGUUAGUGAACUCUGAACAUUAAUAUGUGCUGCGUUUUUUGUUUUUUUACUUUAUAAUGAAGAUCUUUGAUUGUGAUUACUAUUUUUCGCUGUAAAAGUUUGGGAGCAGUGUUUGUGGUGUGAAAGGACAGACAGUUUACGGACAGUUCGUAGCCUACGUGGAUUCAUCAUGUUAUUCGGUCUGUUCGUGUUCCUUCAGCUGUUGAGCGCUGGAAACCCGGCCUCUGCGAGGAAGUUAAUGUCCCAAAAUGAAGUGUCAGAAGAUCAAGUGUUUACAGGUGAGUCCGACGCGAAGUUGUUCCUGGGUCGCCAUCUGCUGGCCAAUCGCUUUGACUUUGAAAUGUUUGUUCCUGGCAACCUGGAGAGGGAGUGUAGGGAAGAAGUCUGCAAUUAUGAGGAAGCAAGGGAAGUCUUUGAAAACAUACCACAAACAGAUGCCUUUUGGAAAGAAUACACCAAAGUGGGGACUUCCUCAAGGGUGGAUGUAACUGGACUUCUAGUGGGACUCAUCUGUGCUGGAGUGGUGGUUGUUAUUCUUGGUGUCUUGAUCUGGUAUUUGUGUCGAUCCACUUUUAAGAGCGGCUUCAGCCGUCGUCCAAGUUCCAUCCGAGGACAUCCUAGGAGGAGCAAUGCCUCCCUUAUAAUGCGAAGGUUGGACGAUGUCUCCAGACAGACUGCGCUCUCUCCAACAUCCGGGCCAACUUUGGAUGUAGAAGACCCUCCUGGCCUACCCUCAUACGAGCAGGCGAUCUCAGCAAGUGGACAACACGACGCGCCACCUCCUCCGUAUCCUGGCUCAAGACCGGGGAGUGUUCGACAAUAAUCUUUAAAAAAAUUAUAUAUAUAUAUAUAUAAAUAACAAUGCAAGAUAAUGACUGUGAAAUUAAAAUGUAAUUUAUAAGUAGCAUCUACAUCAUAAUACUGUAUCUAUUUUUACAUCAUAAGAUUUAUAAUGGUGGUUUUGUACCUCUUGCUCCAUUAUGAAGCUGUUUUUCCCUACAUAGACAGAAUGGAAGUUCAAAAGUGUGCAAAAGCAUGAAUUUAAUUUUGGGUGUUCCUGUUAUAAUUAACGUAGAAGUAAGAAACAUUUUUUUUAUUUACUGAAAAGUUAAAUUUUUGGAGUUACCAGUUUUCGUCCAGUAUGAAUGUUUUCUGCAAUUAUACUUUUCUUUUUGAGGUGGGUUUGCUGAGCAUCAUGUUCAGUGUCGUCCACAAAUCUUCAGUGGGAUUUAAAGCCUGACAGAGAUGUGGCAAAUAUGUUUUUAAACUUUAAGACUUUGAAAUAGUUCCCAAAGAGUUAGUGUACGGGAGUUAGUGAAGAAAAUUGGACACUUUUCCAUAUAAAAUUGCUGAAAAUGAAAACAUUGUUACUGUUUAACAGAAAGUUUCAGGAAAGAAAAAAUUUCUUUUAAAAUGUGUCGGUAUGGACCAAACCGCAUUUUUGGGACGGGGAGCAGUUUGUUUGCUUGUUUUUGAUAAUCUAUUAAAGUAAGUCUUACUCCAGUUAUAAAACCUUAGUUUUUGGUUCCUUUCUUGAUCUACCCCUCUAGUGUAGGUCUUGGCCUAGUGUUUGCUUUUGGAGAGAAGUACAGAGGUUAUUUUGCUUCUGAGGAACACUGAAAUAUGUGGAUAUAUUUUGCAACAUAAACACAACUGUAGAGUCUAACGUGUUGGGAUUUAUGAGCCGUGGAUGAGCUUUAUAAUGCAGUUAUGGUUUACUGACUUUUAUCUGAAUGAUGGGUGUUUGAUUUAAGUUAAUGAAAAUCUAACUGUUCCUCGAAGGAGCAGAGACGGUAUGAAGCAGUGCAUAAAAGUGGAAUUUCUAUGGAUCCCAUGCCAAGGAACACGGCAUAUUAAUCUGACAGACAUGACUUGGCUUGUAUGAGUUCCUCACAGUAAAAGUCAGACUGCUUUAAUUUCCUUGAUGGUAAAAACUGCGGUCAAAGAAAUUGGCUAAGCAUUUGUUAUGGACUGAACUACCAGCUUGGUACCUGGUGAUUCACUGUUUAUUUUUUAUUUUUUUUGGGGUGCUUUUUGUAAACUGUGAUUUUUUUUUUCUUACAAUUUGAAGAAUGUACACAGCACCAAUUAUAUGCUGAUUUCCUAUUUUCCUGUCAUAGUCUAUGCUGAGAUAAAUGAUCACAUUUAUACCUAAUUUAUUUAAUUAUAAUACAUUAUGUACAUUCAAUUAUGCACAUAAUUUAUUAUGUACAUUACAAAAUUAUGUAACUGAUGCUCUUUCUUUUAAAAUGAUUGCAAACAAUUUAUUCAGUUGAAAAGUACAACAAAACCAAUAGUAGUGGAUUGUUAAAAAAUGCAACAAUUUGCUUCAUCAGAACCAAAAGUUGUAGUUUGAGAAUCUAGUUGUUUUAAAAGUGCAGAUGCAAAUAAGUUAUGUACUUGUAAAUACUUACUGAACUCUUAUUUUCAAGACAGAUUUAUUUUUUCAAAAUGCGAGUAUUUGCACUUCAUUAAGCAACUGUGUUUUUCAAGGUUGUACCAAGCACAGCUGUAAUUUGAAUUAAAAUCUUUUCUGUAUUUUUAAAUAAAAUUCUAUUUUAAUU